AUGACAUUAGAACAAGCUGUAAUAUUUAUUAUAAUUUAGUUAUAUGAAGAUAGAGAGUAUAUAAGAUUAUAAAAACUAACUGAAGCAUUAAAAUAAAUAACAAAUGAAAUGCCUUAUAUGAAAUCUUUUAAUUAAGUAUCGACCAUAAAAUAUUGUAAAAUAUAUUAGUAAUAUAAAAAGUAUUAUGUGCUUAUCCAUUCAAUCCAAUAAGUGUAGAACUUGUGAUUUCUAGUUUAAUAGAUCAUUUUUAGGAUGAAUAAUUUGUUUAUUCAUUUUUUUCAGCAAUAAUGGAAUUGGCUUAAAUCUAAGAACUGAACUCUAUGAAUGGACAUCGAAGAUCAAAGAUGAUUGAUGGGUAUUUGUUAUUUAAAUGUUUUGAGGCUUUCAUUAACAAAGUCUUUAAAUUUUUCUCAUUAAGUGGGAUAGAAGUUCUGUAGGGCUGUUUAUGAAAACAUUGUAGAAGCUAAAAGGUUUGCUUGUUAAUACUUAAAAUAACUUUUUGAUACUGCAAUAUAAUAUUAGUAGGAUAUCUAAUACUUUUCUAUGGUAUUUAGUUUGAUGAUCAAAAAUUCAAGUAAUACUGAAUUUAUUCAUUUUGUUAUAUAAAAAUAUGAAGAAUGUAAAACUGACUUAUUUGGCAAUAAUAAAUGGAUAGAUGACUUAGAUGACGAAAUUAUUGAAUGUAAACAUUUUAAAGAUUAUAAUUAGAUUUUGAAUCGAAUUAAAUUCCUUUGCCUUUUGCUGUAAAUAAGAACUAAGAAGAAUAACGAUAAGAAAUUAAAACGAACAUUAAAUAAAAUAAUAAUAGUUCAUAAUAUAAUGAUGAAUAUUCAUAUUCUGAUUCUUCCUUUUUAGAUGAGGUUGAUUUUAUGAAAAAAGAAUUGUAGAUAUUGAAUGUGAAUAUGUAAAAAUGGCUCUGUACUGUUGGAACUCCAUCUAUAAAAUCUAGGAUAGAAUAUUUAAGUGAUGAACAUCAUUUCGAAUAUUUAAUGUCUUUUAUUUUUAACCCAUUACAACAUGAGACAAUUUAAGAUUGGGUAUAUAAUAAAUUUAUUUUUAGGAAGAUAAAUUUAAUGAUCUUGAAGUUAAAGUUGAAUAAACUGAUUAUAAAGUAGAAUCAUAUUUACCCUCUAAAUAUGAAUUAAUUAGAUCUUAUAAAACUACCUUAAUAUUUUUGACUGAUGAAAACUUUUAGGUAAUGAUUCAAAUUAUCCCUAAAUUAAUUCAUUUGCUAUGUAAAUAUUUAUAUAUUAUAUUUAAGUGUAUCAAAUAAAAAUAAGUCUAGAAGAAAUAAACAAAUCAGUUAAUCUAUUGCAUAUAAGUUGUAUUUUAGAUAAAUUUCUUUAAAAAUACCCAAAAUCCACUCUACUUUUUAUGAUAGAAAUGGAUCUAUUUUAAAUUCUUGGAAAAUAUAUUUACAAUAAUAAAUUAGCUACUAUAUUAGUAGAUGUCUUAGAUAUAUAAAUUGAUAGAUAUUGUAUUGGAACUUAGUGCUAAGAAUAAUUAUGGAAAUAUUUUUAACAAAUUAAUUGGUUUGAAACUAUUUCGACUCAUUUAGUAAAUAGUAAUUUAAAAUUUUUAAUUUUGGAUAUAAAAGAAAAUCAGAAAUUUACAUAAAUAUUCAGAUCGAUUGCAUAAAGUGAAUAAGAGAAAAUACCAGCAAUAAUUGAUUGUGAUGAGAAAAAGAAUUUAACAGAUUUUCUUGGAACAUUAUAAGAAGGUAAGACAAUGGAAGAAUAUUAUAAUACAAAUUAAUUGAAUUGGCAAAUUAAUUAAAAUUAAAGGGAGCAUCUUUCAUAUAGUGAAAUUGAAUUACAAGAUAUUGAUGGAUUAAAGUAUUUUGCAGAAGAAAGAGAUUCAAAUUUAUAACGAUCAUAACAUAGAAUUAAAACAUAAUUAAUGAUUAAAUCUAUCAAAUUUACAAAUCAAAUUAAAAGAAAACCUUCAGAAGUUAUGAGAUAUACUUAAAUUAAUAAACCUAUUUUAAGAGGAUUUCAUGGACAUAAAAGAUAUUGUGAAAGCAUAGAUUUUUAAUAUGAUACCAUAAGAGAAGAUGAAAAUACAUAUGUUGAAUCUAAACUUCAUAAUUCUAAUCCGGGAAGUCGUAAGACAAGUCAAUAAAUUUCAGAUGAUGGAGAAGAUGAUUUAGGAUCUAUUUCUCCUAGAAAACUUAAAAUAUAUCCUGGAUAUAAAUUACAAUUACAUGUUAGUGAAUUUGAAAAAAAUGAAAAUAAAUUUAAAAUUAAUAAACUUUAUUCAUCAGAAACAAUUUAGAUACUUAAAUUCUAAAUUACUGCGUUAUUUAAUUUUUUAGAUUUACAACAUACAAAUAAGAUUAAAGUUGAACAAUAAAAAAUUGAUAUCAAAUCAAUAAUUAACUCUUUAUUAACUUUUUAAAUCAUUAUGAAACUUCAUUAGUUUUUUUUAUAUAAUAUCUUAAAAGAAGAAUCAUCAAUAGAGUUCUAAUUAGCAGAAGAAUGUGGAAUAAUUGUUAAUAAAAUUUAUAAAUAUUCUUUACUCUAUUAAGAAUUGCUUGAAAUUAAGCCUAUCUUAUAGGAAAUUUUUUUAUAGGCAGCAGAAUACCUAUGUAAAUUGAUAGUUAAAACAUAUCAAAAUUCUAUUAAAAAUAAUUUUCUUGGGAAUCCUAAAAUUUAAACAUUUUUACUUCUUACUUUUAAGCAAGGAUAUUAAGUAUUUAAUUUUGAUCAUCAUUCCAAAGAAGAAUAGGGUGUAUAUAAAUUUUUUCAUUCAACUGUUAUACAUAUAAUUAUUUAUUGGUUUUUUAAUAGUUAAAAUAAUAGCGUAUAUUAAAAUAUCUUUUUGAAGUAUAAUUUAAUAUAAUAUUUUAGAUUCAUUACUUUAGUUUUUGCUAAUGCUCCACCUGUAAUUUUGAGUAGUAUCUUAUUUAGACUAGGAUUAAUAGGCUUACUCUUUGAUGCAAGUGAACAUGCUAUUUUAUCAGAUAGUCUUCUUACUCAUAUUAAAUGUAUUGUUUAUUCAAUCAAUGCUUCAAUAUCAUAUAGAUAAUUGACUAAUAUUUAGUAGAAUCUUUAAUGUCUUGAUUCAUGGAAAAAACUAGUUGAUGCUAACUCUAAUGGUGAACUAUCAAUCUACAAAGAUAUUAAUUUUAUCAUUAAUCCUAACUUUAAUUUUAAACAUACUAAAAUAAACUUCUAUUCUACUUAAAUGUCAAUUGAUAAUAAUGAAUAAAAUAAAUCACCUAAAUUUAGUAGGAUGAAGGAUUAAUACAAUAUAUAAAGAAUUAAAGGAAAUUAUAAAGCUUAAAAUAAACUUCCUAAAUUAAAUCCUAUUCAUGAGAAAUAAAAAAUUUUGUCAAAAACUUUUAGCACAAAUUUUAAACUAUGA